AUGGCCGACAGCUUGAAGAUGGGAAACCUUUCCCUCAACGAGUCUCAGCACGCUCCUGCCGCUGCCCCCAACACGGGUCGCGCCGCUUACAUCCCUCCCCAUCUUCGCGGACGCCAGAUGGGUGGAAACAUGGACGGUGCUGCCGCUGCCCCUCCCCCCGGUCCCGCCGCUGGCCCUGGCAACUCCUGGGGUGGUCCUAGAGGCGGCCCUCGCGGUGGUCAGUGGGCCAACGCCAACGCCCCCGAUUUCAGCCCUCGCGGUCCCAAUGGUCACGGAGGCUCUUAUGGAGGAAGUGGAGGUGGUUCUGCCCGAGGCUCUGGAGAUGGCCAGUGGCGUGACGGCAAGCACAUUCCCGGUCCUGCCAAUCCCCGUCUCGAACGCGAGCUUUUCGGUCUUCCCAACGAUCCCACCAAGCAGAACACCGGUAUCAACUUCGCCAAUUACGACGACAUCCCCGUGGAGGCCUCUGGUCACGAUGUCCCGGAGCCGGUCAACGCCUUCACCAACCCGCCCCUGGAUGACCACCUGAUCGAGAACAUCAAGCUCGCCCACUACCAGACUCCCACCCCCGUCCAGAAGUACUCCAUCCCCAUUGUCAUGAACGGCCGCGAUUUGAUGGCCUGCGCCCAGACUGGUUCCGGAAAGACUGGUGGUUUCCUCUUCCCUAUUUUGUCUCAGGCUUAUCAGAACGGUCCUUCCGCUGCUCCUGCCCAGGCUGGCGGUCAAUUCGGUUACGGACGUCAACGCAAGGCGUACCCGACCUCCCUCAUUCUAGCCCCCACCCGUGAGCUUGUUUCCCAGAUCUUCGACGAGGCCCGUAAGUUCGCCUACCGCUCCUGGGUCCGCCCUUGCGUUGUGUACGGUGGUGCCGAUAUCGGUUCCCAGCUCCGCCAGAUUGAGCGCGGAUGUGAUCUUCUGGUCGCUACCCCUGGUCGUCUUGUCGAUCUUAUCGAGCGUGGCCGCAUCUCUCUGGUCAACAUCAAGUACCUGAUCUUGGAUGAGGCCGAUCGUAUGUUGGACAUGGGUUUCGAGCCCCAGAUUCGCCGCAUCGUGGAAGGCGAGGAUAUGCCCCACGUGAAUGACCGCCAGACGCUGAUGUUUUCGGCCACUUUCCCCCGUGACAUCCAGAUGCUGGCCCGCGACUUCUUGAAGGACUACGUCUUCCUGUCCGUCGGCCGUGUCGGAUCUACCUCUGAGAACAUCACCCAGAAGGUUGAAUAUGUCGAAGACCACGACAAGCGCUCCGUCCUCUUGGAUAUCCUCCACACCCACGGCACUAGCGGCCUCACCCUCAUCUUCGUCGAGACUAAGCGUAUGGCCGAUUCUCUGUCCGACUUCCUUCUCAACCAGCGUUUCCCCGCCACCGCUAUUCACGGUGAUCGUACCCAGCGUGAGCGUGAGCGUGCUUUGGAAAUGUUCCGCUCUGGCCGUUGUCCUAUCCUUGUUGCCACUGCUGUUGCUGCUCGUGGUCUCGAUAUCCCCAAUGUCACCCACGUCAUCAACUACGACUUGCCCACCGACAUCGAUGACUAUGUUCACCGUAUUGGUCGUACUGGUCGUGCCGGUAACACUGGUAUCGCCACUGCUUUCUUCAACCGUGGCAACCGGGGUGUUGUCCGCGACCUGAUCGAUCUUCUGAAGGAGGCUCACCAGGAGGUCCCCUCGUUCCUCGAGAGCAUUGCUCGUGAGGGCAGCGGCUAUGGUGGUCGCGGCGGCCGUGGUGGCCGUGGUCGUGGCGCCAACGCUACCCGUGACAUGCGUCGCGUGGGUGGUGGUAUGGGCGGUCCUCCCUCCUUUGGCGGCAGCAGCUACGGUGCACCUGGCGGCAGCUAUGGUGGCGGCGGCAGCAGCUAUGGCGCCCCUCCCUCCUAUGGAGGCGGUGGUGGCUAUGGCGGCGGCGGCGGCAGCUACGGUGGUGGCUACGGCAACCCCUCCGGCCCUACUGGACCUUCUUCCUGGUGGUAA